UCACCUCCGCCUUGCUUCCUGGAAUAUAAGUGGUAUCCAUAGGAUGUCUAAACUGGAACGUUUGAAUGCCCGUGUGGCCAAGCUGCUGACUGAAGCUGUGCAGGAGGUUCUGGAGGUGGUGAAAGAGACAGUGUUGGAGUACCAACAGAGAACCUCCAGAACGCAGAGAGAGAAUGAAAGUCUGAAAAGAAAACUGCACGAGCUUCAGGUUAGAUUAACCAAUGAAAACAGAGCUAUUCUCUGUACAACUAAGACACUUGUUAAAAAGCCAGAUAAUGUGGAGGAUCGAAACCAAGAUUUGGGACUUUUUCAACAGCCUAAUCCAGAUAUAAGCAGAGAACCAACACUGAUAAGCUGCAUCGCACUCAACCUUGGAGUGAAGGAGGAACUCAAAGAGCAGGAGCAACGGGUUGAUCAUAAGCAUUCAGGAGCUGAGAGUCGCAAAGUAAGACCAGAGGAGAUGGUUGAAACAAGUGAGGAACUUAAAGUGUCGCAAUGUGCCACCAGGGAAUCAGAUGCUCUGCUCUCAGAGAAUACGACCCACCUUCCUUUAAUAAAAACAGAAGCAGAGCAAGCUGCUGCGUCGUGUACGACACCGGAGCAACAACAUCAACAGCAGGCUGAACGUGUCAACUUACGCAGCAGUUCUUCGAGUCAGACCCCUAAUAAUCCUGCCGCACCACAAGUCGGCACUGAACAAUACAAACCCGUCUUUGUUAAUUCAAAUCCCAGCCCACAUAGCAGGCAGGAGAAUGCAAACACCAACAGGGCUGCUGUCAACAGAAGUCCAGUAUGUUUGGAGCAGCUUGUGAAAAGUGACCUGCACCUGUGCAUCGUGUGCGGCAAGACGUUCAGCCGGGUCGCCAACUUGAAGAUCCACCAGCGCUGUCACACAGGAGAAAAGCCAUACGGCUGCUUACAGUGUGGGAGGUGCUUCACUCAGGCAGGAGACCUGAAGAAACAUAGGAGAGUCCACACAGGGGAGAAACCGUAUUACUGCAGUCAGUGUGGAAAGAGCUUCAGCCGAGGGGAGAAUCUGAAGAGACACCAAAGGAUCCACAUAGGAGAGACUCUGCAGCUGCAGCGAGCGUGGAGGGAGCUGCAGUAAGGAGGUUCCUGCAAAGCAAAUGUUCUCAGCUGCUGUAAAAAAAGAAUCUAAUAUAUAUCUGUUCUUUUUGUCUUUUUAUGCAUUUGAUUAAGACACCUUUGUGUUUUGGAGCCAUGUCCCACUAGUUUGCUACUUGGACUGUUUAAAGGGUUCGUUUUUACACAGAUGCAGUUAUUUGAGCCAUUGGAUAUUUUACUGAACACAAUCAGGUCAGAUAUAGGAUUUCAUGUUGUUAACCUUCAGACUGGUGCACCAUGAAUAAAAGACUGAUUUUAGUCAAUUUUUUUUUUCUGCACCGCUGUGAUCUUAAGUCAGACCGGGCAAAGCUGCAUUACUGAUGCAUUGGUAUUCCUGUUGAUUGUGAUCAUUAAAUUAAAUGGUGAUUAAAGUAUUUUUAGUGUUAAUGCAAAGUUUUUGAAGUGGCCUUUUGUUUAUUCAUAUAAUUUACCCAGAUAUAUCAAUGUAUUACCCCUAUUUUGCACAGCUAUAGGUGACUGGAUUGAAUUCAUAUAAACAAAUAAA